CGGCGGCGGUGGUGGUGGUGGGGGACAGGGUGCUGUCGGCGGGCCGGUAGGCCGGUAGGCCGGAGGAAGACGGGGAGAGGGGCCGCGGCCUGCUCACUACACGGCAGGAAAUGAAUCACAAAACUAAAAAGCGAAUCAAAGAGGCGAAGCGCAGCGCCCGGCCCGAGCUGAGGGACUCGUUUGACUGGACGAAGCACAACUACCAUCAAACUUUCUCGCUGGCCUUGAGCACGGUCACGGAUAAUGUGGAAAGGAUAGAUGCUCUGGAAACGACUGUGGCAAACUUUAUUGAGAAGUAUGAGAAACCAUAUAAGCCUGUGGUGCUGUUAAAUGCUGAGCAUGGAUGGGCAGCGCAGGAAAAGUGGACACUUGAGCGAUUAAAGCGCAAGUACAGAAAUCAAAAGUUCAAGUGCGGAGAAGACAACGAUGGUUAUUCUGUUAAAAUGAAGAUGAAGUAUUAUGCUGACUAUAUGGAAACGACAAAAGAUGAUAGUCCUCUGUACAUUUUUGACAGUAGCUAUGGGGAGCAUCCUAAAAGGCAGAAACUCCUGGAAGAUUAUGAAGUGUCAACCUAUUUCAAGGAUGAUUUAUUCCAGUUUGCAGGGGAAAAGCGAAGACCUCCAUACAGAUGGUUUGUCAUGGGCCCUCCUAGAUCUGGAACUGGUGUCCAUAUUGAUCCUCUAGGAACAAGUGCAUGGAAUGCUCUGGUUCAAGGUCAUAAACGUUGGUGUUUGUUCCCUACAAAUACACCUCGUGAACUUAUCAAACUAACAAGAGAAGAAGGUGGGAACCAGCAGGAUGAGGCCAUCACGUGGUUUGUCAUUGUAUAUCCUCGCACGCAACAUCCAACCUGGCCCCAAGAGUUUAAACCUUUAGAAAUUCUUCAGAAACCUGGGGAGACUGUCUUUGUGCCAGGUGGAUGGUGGCAUGUAGUACUGAAUAUGGAUCACACUAUUGCUAUCACUCAAAAUUUUGCCAGUGCAACCAACUUUCCCGUGGUGUGGCAUAAAACAGUCAGAGGACGUCCUAAACUGUCCAGAAAGUGGUACAGGAUCUUGAAGCAAGAACGGCCAGAACUUGCUGUAGCAGCAGACUUGGUUGACCUACAGGAGUCCACGGGUAUUGCCUCGGACAGCUCAAGCGAUUCUUCUAGUUCGUCCAGCUCUAGUUCCUCAGACUCUGACUCAGAGCAGAGAAAGGGAGAGAAAAGAACAGAAAAUAUGGACAAAGACAUGGAGAGAUUUCUGGGAAGGAUAGGACUAAACACAGAGGAAAAUAUAAAUUGUGACUCUGGUGCUGAAGGAGAUGGAAUGACCCACCGAAGGAAAAAAAGAAGAACCUGCAAUAUGAUGGAAGAUGAUAGUUCUCAAUCUCGAGAUGACUGUGUGAGCAAAGAACGCAGCUCGUCCAGGUGACAGGAAACACUAGAAGAGACGUGCUGUGCAUCCUCCAGUAAAGAAUAAAACUAUGGUGAAAGAUUAAAAUACUUCAGUUUUAGGAUUUUAAAUUUAUAAAUAUUUCAGUUUUCUGUUGCCAGUAGAUAUUUUUUGUUUACCUCCUUGGUGAUUGUGGUUCCAAGUAUAUAGCCAUCUAAGAACAUCAAAUGUCAAAUAAUUAGUUUCUUCGGUGCAAUUAUCUGAUGUUGUAAAGAUAUUUUUGUAAACUCUUCCCUAAAUUAACAGUAAUACUGAGCAAACAGUUAUCACGUCAGUGUUAGCUCAAUUUUAUUAGAUAAUUUUAUUACUGUUGAUUAAUAUUUCUGCUCAAGUUUUGCUUGAACUAAAUAAAGUUGGACACUGAGUAAACUGAA